GAUUCCUUCUUCUUUCUCUCUACUCAGUCGAUAGGUCAUUCCCCUGGGGAAGAAAGAAACUGGUACAAUCCCCCUCAAUUGUUUUGCGAUUUUCUUUCCCCUCUCCGCUUGCUCUUCCCCUCUUGCCUUUUUACCGUUUGUGGAGAAGAGACAGGGAAGGGAAAGAAGAAAAGUAGCCCAAUUUUCUCACAUUAUACCAGAGAUAAAAGAAAAAGCCAUCAUGCGAUUCGGAAAGACUCUUCAAGCAUCGAUUCACCCUCCGUGGCGUGAUCAUUAUAUCGACUAUGCGAAGAUAAAGAAACUCCUCCGCGAAGGGGACGAUUCGGAUUCCGAGCGGGCUCCAGCCUCGAGAGCGGACCAGAUGGAGGAGGGGUGGACGGAGAACGAUGAGUCAGAAUUCGUGCACGAGCUCGUCAACGUCCAGCUCGAGAAGGUGAACAAUUUCCAGCGGGAGAUGAGCGGACAACUCAAGUCCCGGACGGCAAAAUGCGAGGCUCGACUCGAACAACUUGUUUCUACCAUGCCGACUAGGGGUCCCCCGUCUUCUCUCAACCCUGCCAAGGAACCGAUUGGCGGUGAGGAGAGACAGAAGACGCUGACGCAGGUUUUGGAAGAUCUUGACGGUAUCACGUCCGAUAUUAACGACCUUGAGAAAUUCUCGCGCGUAAACUUUACCGGGUUCUUGAAGGCCGCUAAGAAGCAUGAUCGGAGGUCCCGAGGGGGAUCUGCUGCCAAGGACAAAGGAAAGGGCAAAGGAAGGGGUGGAACGAAUGGGGAGUACAAGGUUCGCCCAUUGCUGCAGGUGAGGUUGAGUGCGUUGGAGUUCAAUAGGGAAGACUACAGUCCGCUUUUGUACAGGUAUGGUCAAUCACUUCCUUGGAUUUGCUCUCUGUUGUGAGAAGGGAUUUAGGGUGCCUUAAAGAGCACUACUUAUAUUGGUUUAGACUGUCGGCUAUGUAUGCCUUUGUGCGCGAGAACAUCGAUAAAGAUGCCAGUGACCAUGGUCAGACCCGGACAUCAUCUGUCGGCUCUGGCCCUCAACCCCAAGGUAGCCGAAAGUACAUAUCGCACAAAUGUUUGUUUCUCCUUCCCUCAAGCUCAAUUUGCCAGCUUGCUAAACGGGUCCGACAUUCACACAGUCUGGGUCCAUCCCGACAAUAUUCUCGAAGUGAAAACGUUCAUUCUUCGUCGCCUCCCCGUCUUGAUCUAUAACCCUCAACCCUCUAAAGAAGUUGAUGCUAGUCGCCGCGAUCCCACUAUCAACUCCCUAUAUUUUGAUAAUCCUCAAUUCUCCUUGUAUCAUGACAAACUUUCCAAGGCCCCUGAGGCCGCGUCCUUGCGCUUGCGGUGGUACGGGCGCCUUUCUGACAAGCCUGACAUUUUGCUUGAGCGCAAGACUAUGCGUGAUUCAGACUCUGAAGGUGCCGUUGAAGAAAGAAUCACUUUAAAAGAGAAAUAUGUGAUGGACUUCAUCAAUGGGAAUUACGCUAUGGAGAAAACCAUUCAGAAGAUGAGAGAUCGCCCUAUCAAGAAUGGCGAGGAUGUGGGCAAGUACGAAGCUUUGGUACAGUCGUUUCAGGAUCUCAUUAAGGAGAAGAAAUUGGAGCCAAUGUUGAGAGCGGUAUACACACGCACAGCAUUUCAAAUUCCAGGUGACGACAGGGUUAGGGUUUCGCUAGACACCGACCUUGCAUUGAUUAGGGAUGAUUGUCUAGACGAAGACAGGCCGUGUAGGGAACCAGAGGAAUGGCAUAGAAAGGAUAUUGACGAUGCCGAAAUGGAGUAUCCAUUCUCUGCCCUGAGGAAGGGCGAGAUCUCGAGGUUCCCGUACGCGCUUUUGGAAAUCAAGGUGCUUGAAUUUGGGCUUCACGGAAGGAGCAAGGAGUGGGUUAACGACCUGAUGAACUCCCAUCUGGUCAAGGAAGCACCUAGGUUCAGUAAAUUUGUUCACGGUAUCUCUGUGCUUUUCGACGACCAUGUCAGUAGUUUCCCCUUCUGGCUGGGUGAAUUGGGCUCGAAGGACAUCCGGCAGGACCCUAAACAGGCCUGGGAGGUUGAGCAACAGAAGGUCAAGAAGCAAAUUGAGGACGAAACUAUUGUGGGAAGCUUUAGGCCGGGUUCUAGGGAUUUCGGCGGGAGGUCUGCCCCGUUCGCCAGUACUCCAAACAUGUAUGGGGCUACACCUCCGGUUGCUGAGCGGGAAUUCACUCAGGUCGCCCAGGAGGCAAAGAAGACUAACGGGUCUGAUGAGCGGCCCUCUGAUAACAAGGACUCUGAAGAGGAUGAUAGUGAUGUAGAAGAUCCUGCAGAAGUUUCACAGAGUGUUGCUACGAUCCCCGGACUUCGAAACCUUUUCCCGACCUUCUCAACGUCUCGGUAUGGCCGUGCUCAUCGGAAGGCGAAUAUCCCUGUCAAACUGCCGCCUGGUGUGCAGAAGCCCGGUACCCUAAUCAUGCACUCGGGCCCUGUGCAAGUCGAGGCGAAGGUAUGGCUUGCUAACCAACGCACGUUUUUGAAGUGGCAACACGUUUCAGUGCUUCUAGCUUCUUUGAGUCUGGGGCUUUAUAAUGCCGCUGGGAAGCACAAUUAUAUUGCCAAAUGGCUUGCAGUUGUUUACACCGCCAUCGCGAUCUUCGCUGCAGGCUGGGGCUAUACCAUGUAUAUGUGGAGAUCGAGGCUUAUCCGAGAGAGAAGCGGGAAGGACUUUGAUAAUAUUUUGGGGCCGACUGUGGUUUGCCUUGCACUGGCCGUUGCGCUUGCUGUGAACUUUGCGUUCCAGGUAUGUUGUCUUUCUCUCUCUGCUUCCUCGUGUGACAUUUUUGUGAACAAGGACUGAUUUCCUUAGUAUCGGAACAUGAAGGAAAGGAAAAGACAUGCCCAUCUUCCGUUCACCCCUACAGCCCCAGAGGUAUUCAACGUCAGCAUCAACGAGGAGCAUAUUGUGGGACUAUUCCAGCAGUUAGCAGGGCAUUAAUUAAAGAUAUCAAUAAUUAUAAUGAGGGAAAAAUUGUUGUACGAUUACAUGGAUGGAUUUGGUAUUACCUGCCAAUAGUGUUGAGAGGCAACGCCGUGUUUCCUUAUCUGUCGUGUUUUGGUUGGACUGAGUUAAGUUACCCAACCGCGAGUUAUGAAUCGCGCAAUGAUAUCCUUGUUUGUUUUCCGAGGGGUUUUUCCUUACUUUCUUUUCUUCCUCACUAUUAUGGUGUCAUAAGGGGAAAGGGGGAGGCAUGGGUAAGAGAAUGAUGAAACUGUAGCGUUAAUAGGAAAUUUUGAGGGACUUUCGAAUUUUUUGACUUUUGAACUGUGUCUAUCAACCUAUCGCUUACCCUACCAGUAGCUUACCUACGGUACUAGUACACUCUGCCUAUCUGAAGAAAAUUAAAUAGUAUGACAAUGCAAUGCAAGUUUCGUACUUCUC